CGAAUUAAAAGUAAAACGUGUCAUGAAAUUUUACUGCGAGUCCUGCUUGAGGGGUGAGUCCGUCGAACUUUUUAAUAAAAUAAUAGAGACUAAAGAUGACCUUAUAGAGAGUAAAAAGGAAAUCAUAAGACUUCUAGAACAGGAACUUAAGAAACUUCGGGAAGAAUUUGAUAACCUGGCUACAACACCUUCAUGCCACCAGUUCACAUAUGCGGAAGCCGUAAAUAAUAGAACAAACCACGGAAAAAAAUCCAUGCCUAACGUUCCUUUCAUUGUAUGCAAACCGAAAAGUAAACAGGAUUGCUCUAGAACAAAGAAGGAUAUAGUGGAUAAAUUGGAUCAGGCAGAAUAUACAUCGGACUCCAAAGAUGUCCUGUUUGGGAGAAUUUGAAGGUGUCAAGAUGUUAUAAAUGUUAUGGAUUCAACCACAAAAUUAGUGACUGUAAAUAUAACGGUCCCACCAAGUGUUCCCAGUGUCCUGAUUCUCAUUACUACAAAGACUGUAAGUCCAAAAAAUUUUCAUGUAUCAACUGUGUAGAAAAUAACAAUAAGUUCAAAACCAGAUAUGAUGUAAAUCACUCUGUACUUGAUAAAGUUUGUCCUUUGUUCGAGAUCCAAAUUAAAAAGCUGCGCGAAAGAACGGACUAUAGAUCUGCAAAUACUAUUGCAUAAUUAUGGAUCAUUAUCUUGAAGAUUUUGAUAUAACAUCUGUUCACAAAUCAAAUAAUGACAUUUUCUCUGGUUUUCAAGAUUUGAAUGAUUUUUUGAGGAUAAAGCGCGAUUUCAAUGUGAAGGUGUUUCAUGUUAAUAUAAGAAGUCUAAAUAAAAAUCUUGACUCCUUAAAA